CCAGUUCUUACGCAAGAUGUUACGAGGAAUUACUAGGAGGUUUCCCAGAUACUAUGGUCGAAUACUUAUAUGCACCCAGAGUGGUGUUUCCACGCGAGCAGAUGUGGCGGAGCGGAUCACUCGACGUAUCGCAGAGUUCAAGCCCAUUCAGGACGGCCUCCAGGCCCCCAGCGCGGUCACCAGCAAGAUAGUGAUGAUGGUCCCACGGAUCUUGGUUGACCCGCUCUUCAGCAACCCUCAGAUAAACCUCCGUGAAAUCGAGGCCUCUACUAAAACCCGCAUCGAAAUCGGCCAGAACUCGAACCGCGUGUGCCUGGUGACAAUCCACGGCACGUCAGAGGCCGUGCGCACGGCCGUGCGCGCGACAGAAUCGUUGCUCCGAGUUUUGCGAGAAAAUACCACGCGUGUGGUUGUUCCUAAAGGGAUGAUUGCCCCGUUUCCGGGCUUUCUCGAGGCGUAUCUCACGCACAUGUUUGGAACUGUCCUCAAGGGCUACCACGGAGCCUUUACCGUUAAAAGAUCGGAAAGUGAUAGAAAUGCGUCCAAUGGUCCCGAUGAAACAUUAAACAUCAACGAUUCCGACUACGUUGAUUUGUACUGUGGCUCGACAGAACCCGAGGCUCUCGUGCGAUUAGAAAGCGAUGUCGCGGAGUUUCUACAUAAAUUAUCCCGAAAUACUGAAACAUAUACUGUUGAUAAAGAGUUUGCACAUCCGUUUCUCAGUUAUUGCGGUACAAGGGGAAAUAAAAUCGCUGAAACUACCGACACUGUCAUCUUUUGCCGGGAAAAUGCCGGGGCUUUGGUGUGCACGGUGUACUCCGAAAACACCGCCAAGGUCACAGAGGCAAUAGGGCUUCUCCAAGGAAUGUUCCGGAUAACCACCGACCAAAGAUGUACCGCAGAAUACCCGGAUUAUGCCGUGUCGUACUUUAUUUCCCAGAACCGCGACUUCCUCCGACACUUGGUCGUGGAGGAGCUUGCAUACCUUUCGUUUGGGGAGCUGGUGGGCGGAUUGCGUAGGAUGACGCUCAUUCACAAGGAUCGUACGACAUUGGAGCGGAUGUAUCUGGAGAUUGAUGGGCGCGUGAGGGGUGUUGAGCGCAUGUCGAAGGUGGUGGAGGUUCCAAAACAUUUUAUCCUGGCAAUGUCCGGGAGGGACUCGGCGUGGAUGCAAAAAUUGCGGGAUGAGACAAAUACUCUGUUACAGAUUGAGCGUAACCACAACGAAGAUAAUUGCAAAGCGGUGAAUGUGAUUGAUCAUGCAAACAACACCGAAUCACAGAACUAUGAAGCGAACUUGACUGACCACGUGUACGACCGCACAAAUGAUGCUACCGGAUUCUCUCGUAUUCGUAUAAUCGGGAGUAGCGCUGAGGACAUUUAUACCGCCCAAAAUCAACUCACCAACCUUCUCAGCUCCUUCCACCACCAAGUUAUCCAAAUCCCGUUACCCAACUUGUUCCGCCGCCGUUUAUUCCUCGAUAAAGCUGCGAUGAUCAAGGAGCUCCAGGCGACGUUGAAUGUGGUCAUUUCGGUCGACACGAAGUACACUAUGAGCAUUUUCAGCGAAGUAUCCGAGACUGCGAACAAGGCGCGUGAAACAAUAACGCGGCUAAUUACCGAGACUGAGCGUAACGUGCAGGUAAUUCAGAUCCCGAGCGUGUUGGUGCGUGCGUUCGUGGGGUUCAACGGGGCGCGGAUCACUACGAUCCAAGACCAGACCGGUACCUUGAUCUUCGCAGAUUAUGAGUCAGAUGCGUGCGGCAUGACGGAUAUCACAAUUUACGGUGUGACGCCGCCGCAAAUAGCGCGCGCGCGUGCGUUGGUGGAGUACUUGGUGAACUCCUUUUCGCAAAACAUGGUCCAAAUCGCGGUGCCACUGCCGUACGUGCGCGCAAUGCAGCAUCAGAUGUACCAGAUCCGUGCGCAGUGCCAAAACGAGCUAGUGCUUCAGUUUGUCGCUGACAAAACCACGAUUUUGGUCACAGGGGAAGACCCUGCGACCGUCGCGGCCGUACACGCCCAGAUCGUACGUGCGUUGAAGCGCGUACAAGAGACUGCGCAACGGAUUUCGGUGCCGCGUACGUUCAUGCCGCGUAUCGUCGGCCCUAAGGGUGCCUUCAUCGCCGAAAUCGUCGAGAAGACCGGUCUGUGCAUCUAUAUCGAGCCACAGGGUGGGCAGGUACAGGAGAUCUAUGUUUCGGGUCACUCUGAGGCGACAAUUGCGGCAGCGGCAGGGAUGCUACGGGCGAGGCUAACGACCGAGACAGAAAAUAUGCGACUCGUAGCCAUCCCCAACACGCUUUUGGGGCCAUUCAUCGGUGCCGGUGGUUCCCAGAUCAAGAAGCUUCAGGAACGGUUGAAGGUGCACAUCAAGGUAGGCGAGAAACACCCGGACACCAGUGAGCUUGUGAUUACCGGGCAGCCAGGGAUAAUUGACAAUGCGCACCGGGUAGUGAAUCGGUGUGUGGAAGAAUUGCACAAACGAGUCGCCGCGAGCCUGGAGGCGUAUCCCGAGUACUUGUACCCCUACUUUGAAAGGCACCUCGAGCAGGUUAUUGCUAUUGAACGGGAAGGUAAGGUGUCGAUUAACGUGAAAUACGGUUUAUUUGAGCUCCGGGGUAGUGAACGAAAUAUUACUAGAGCUCGGCAGCAGCUUACUAAGUUGGUGCAUACAUUAGUUACCCAAAGUGCGGUGGUGCAAACUUCGCAGGACCCGGCUUUUUUGAAAGGUAUAUGGCUGAAAUUUCCAUUCGAUCAGAUUGAAGCGACCCACAAGUGCCGGAUAGUGGUAAGAGAUGUGGGAAUUAUCGAUAUAAUAGGUGGCGUGCUGGCUCAAAGGGAAGUGGUGGCGUUUUUGGACGAAAUGGCCAACAAUACUAUGGCAGUUUCGAUUCCGCGAGCAAUUUUACAGGUUCCACGGUUUUUCCACAACUGUUUUCUGUCUUACAAGACCGAGACAAGCAUUACUAUGACUGACAAGAUCUUGAUCCACUCAAUGGAUAAGAAAAAGGCCGUAGCUAUGGCGGAGAAGAUGACUCAAUGGUUGGAAGUUUUGGAGAAAAACUUGGCCAUGUCAAAGGCUGUAAGUGUUCCGGGAGAGUUGGUGCCAUUGCUUACAGACGAGUUCCUCAGAGAAGCAAAUAGGGUGAGUGGGAAAUUUCCCAAUAGUGAUUUAAACCAUCUUCCAAGCGAAACUGGCUGUGUCUUUGAGCUUGAUGGCCGUAUGCUCAGGCUUUUUGGACCAACCUCUGAAGCUAUUAGUUCGUCAGAAGCUCUUUUUUUGACUAGAUUGGAGCAACUUGGUAAGACAGUGAAAAUUUUUGAAUACCCUGAAGUCUUCCACCGUGUCGUCUUGGGCCUUCUUAGACCCAAGGUGGAAACUCCAGGGUAUGUGGUUCUAUCUUCUCAGGCUUCUUAUGACGAAGUUUCCCAGAAAUGGAGUGAAUUAGUUCGGACCUCCAGACAAAUCCCUGUUUCCUCUGAGAUUAUCUCUCUUGCCCCUGAAAUCGAACUGACCUUUGGUGUGGUGUUGGCUCUUGAUGGAAACACGGUCCAUGUCUUUGGGAAGGAUGAAUCGGAGAUUUCUGCAGCUUGUGAGGAUAUUUCACAGAGAUCUCCCCACCAGUUUACGGAAACUAUUGUGGUCCAAGAGGCUAUUCGUUCGUUAGUGUCACAAAUGAAAUUUAGCUUUGAAGGAGUGAAGGUUGAGUUCGACCAUCUGAUCCAUGUUAGGGGAAAUGAAUACAGUUUGGUGAAGAAAGCGGCAUCAGGAGUGGCUGAAAAGAUUGCCAAUUGCCUUGAAUUGAAGCAAACUGUAUGUGUUCCCAAGCUUCUCCGUUUGUUUCUAGAGGCGAACCACGGAGAAAGGCAAACCGAGAUUACGUCUAUCACUUCAACAGCCAUUCAUUUCAAACUCAUAGAGAAUGAGCCUUUGACAGAAUUGUCUAUUUAUGGCCUCUGCCCCGCUGAUAUAGCUAGGGCCGUGUCGAUGAUUGAAAGCGACCUAGCUCGUGUUUCGCAGUGUACGCGGACGGUGACAGUCCCGCGCUGGAUGGAGGACCGUUUCACGGCGACUCUUGGGGGAUACGAUAGCGUGGUGGAGUUUUCUGGUACCGACAACCUUCUGUUGACAUUCGUAAAUACCAAUGAGGUGGCCUUGGACGCCCUCAUGCAAAAGUUGGAGGCUGCCAAGGUGACGUUGGCAAGAAAUAUCACUGAGAUGGAAAUUGCCAGGGAGUUAGUGGGGAUGUUCCGCGCUACGAUAGAGACAGAGGCGUUUCGGAAACUUGUGUCGGAGCAUAAAUGUGCAGUCCACGUUGCUGAUACAGUCCUUGUUACAGGUUUCUCGAAGUCCGACGUGGAUGUGGUUGUGUUGGAGGUUUUAAUCCAAAUCGAAAACCUCAAUUCCUCCCAUGCUGUGAUCGACCUUCCCGAAGCUUUGGCCGAGGCGGUAGUUGGUCGAGGCGGUUCGGCCAUUAAUAAGAUCAGAAAAUUCACCAACACCCGUGUGCUCUUGGAGAAUGGCAACAGCCUCGUUUUGUACAACCGCAAUGCUCAGAAGCUUAAACAGGCCUGUUGGUUGAUCAAGGAGCGAGCAAAGCACAUCCAGAGCCAUGCCGUGCUGGUGGAAGUUGCGGGUGAUGUUGUCCCGUAUCUAGAGAAAAUUGGGAGAUUGACCGGUGUAAGCUUUCGGAGAGAUGGCAAAGUAGUUCAGGUCUUGCAUCCAUCCGGCCCUGUGGUGCAAGAAGCCGUAGCGAUGAUUAAUGCCAGAAAAUAGGUGUAUAUAAGUUAAUGCGUGUAAAUAGAAUGGAUUUUGCUAGUCGGGUCUGAGACCGUGACGUAUGGGUAUUAAAGCAUGAGAAGCGUUUGAGCAGUGAACCCCAGAUUUUUGACCAAUAAAA